AUGAAGCUCAACAUUGCCAACCCCACGACGGGGUGCCAGAAGAAGGUCGAAAUCGAUGACGAUCUCAAGCUGCGUGCGUUCUUCGACAAGAGAAUCUCUCAGGAGGUCAGCGGCGACUCCCUCGGCGAUGAGUUCAAGGGGUACGUCUUCAAGAUCAAGGGAGGGUGCGACAAGGACGGUUUCCCCAUGAAGCAAGGUGUUCUCACACCUGGCCGCGUCCAGAUUCUCAUGCACAGGGGCGUGCCCUGCUUCCGCGGCUACGGCCGGCGCAACGGGGAGCGGCGCAGAAAGUCGGUGCGCGGGUGCAUCGUCAGCCAGGACCUGUCCGUGCUGAACCUGGUCAUCGUCAAGCAGGGCGACAACCACCUGCCUGGUCUGACCGAUGCUGAGAAGCCUCGCCUUCGUGGUCCCAAGAGGGCGUCCAAGAUCCGAAAGCUGUUCGCGCUGAGCAAGGAGGACGAUGUGACCAAGUAUGUCAACACCUACCGCCGCAAGUGGACCACCGCCAAGGGCAAGAAGAAGAGCAAGGGCCCCAACAUUCAGCGGCUGGUGACCCCCCUGAAGCUGCAGCGCAAGCGCGCACGCCUGGCAGAGAAGAAGCAGCGCGUCGCCAAGGCUAAGUCCGCUGCUGCCGACUACCAGAAGCUGCUUGCAUUGCGCAUCAAGGAGCAGAGGGAGAGGCGGUCGGAAUCUCUUGCGAAGAAGAGGGCUUCCCGGGCAUCGCAGGCCAAGCCGGCUGCUGCCCCUGCUGCCAAGGAUGACAUUUUCGUCUUCCAGUUUUGCCGGUUCGCGUGCGUCGCGAUGGACCUGUCAUGGCAGAAGCUCUUAAUCUUCUCCGCUGUCGCGCGACUACUCAUGAUAGUCUUCGGCGAGUGGGAGGACGCGAAUUUAGAGGUCAAAUACACGGAUGUAGACUAUUUGGUAUUCACCGACGCGGCUCGGUUGGUUACCCUAGGUCGUUCGCCGUAUGAGCGUUACACGUACCGCUAUUCGCCGCUGCUCGCGUGGAUCCUCGUGCCGAAUGUACUGGUUCACCGGCUUUGGGGAAAGCUGCUGUUUUCUGCAGCGGAUCUCCUGGUGGGCCAUCAAAUUCGAUCACUCCUGCUCCUACGUGGCAUUUCCGACCGCGUGGCAGUCCUGUGUGCUGCCACGUGGCUUUUCAACCCCUUCACAGUCACCAUUGCAACACGUGGCAAUUGUGACGCCCUUGCUGCUGCUCUCAUCCUGCAAGUGCUCCUGGGACUGCUGCAGGGCCAUAUUUUAUCUGCUGCUUUUUGGUUCGGCAUCGUGGUGCAUUUCCGAGUCUACCCGAUAAUCUACGCUCUUCCCUUCGUUCUGUACCUCUUCCACGCGUAUCCGCUCCGAAGCAGCCCACAACAUGAUGAUCCCAGUGACAGCAGCAGUGCUUCAGCUACGAAGCGACCUACAAACCGCAGUAGUUCCAAGAGUGCCAGCUCACCACCCAAUACUGCCAUCCCUGCUACAGCUGCUGCUUCAGUCACAUCUAAGUCAGGACAAAAACCAGCUACCGUCACUGAUACAGCCAGCUUCAAGUUAGAACACAAAACAGUUACCGCUGCUGCUACAGCCAGCUCACUGUCUCGGCUUGUCAAGGGCCUUCGAUUGCUGGUAGUGUUUGGUGUGGUGUCGGGCGGAACUUUCAUCCUCGUUACAGCGCUGUGCUGGAGACUGUACGGGGAUCAGUUCCUUAAUGAGUCGCUGCUGUACCAUGCGUCCCGAUCUGAUCAUCGCCACAACUUCUCAACUCACUUCUAUGCAAUAUACCUGAUGACCAAUCAGGGAGCGCCAUCUGUCUCAGACCGGAUUCUCUCCUUCCUGCCACAGCUGCUGCUGCAGCUCACCUUCUCCCUCAAGUUCUACCGCGACCUCCCCUUCUGCCUCUUCGCACAGACAUUUGCCUUCGUGGCCUUCAAUAAGGUGAUAACCUCACAGUACUUUGUCUGGUUCCUCUUCCUCCUCCCCCUCAUCCUUCCCUUCACCUCGCUCCGCCUCCAAAGCUACGGCGGUUUUUGUCUUCUUCUUUGGCUUGCCGGCCAAUCAUACUGGCUCUGGCAUUCCGAAUCGGCAUCCAACCAGCGCGAUUUGCGCCAGCAGCGAUGCUGCGUGCCGCGGCCGCCGCAGCUCCCGCGCGCCGCUGGUCAGCGCGGCCUGCUUUUCUCCGCGGCGCUCGCGCUUGCGCUCGUGGCAGCGUGCCACGUGGACUCAGCGGAAGCAUCCGCCUUUAGAGCGACGGACGCGUUCAAGCCGCCAUGCGGGCUCAUGACGAAACCCGGAGCAGGCGGAUGGAAGCGGUGGAGCGAUUGGCGCACGUGGGGCGGCCCGAUGCGCUUCUUGGGCGUGCCGGGGCGCGGGCUGCGGAAAUGGCAGGACGUCACGAUCCCGUGCGGCGUCUCGAUUCUGCUCGACGUACCCGAUAUAAGCGUGAAGACGCUCACCGUUAAGGGCUGGCUAAAGGUUCUUGACUCGCCAUCGCUCCCCAGCAUCAACGUCAACGCGCAUUUCAUAGUCGUAAUGGGACGCCUCACGGCGGGCGAGCCGAGCCGCCAUUUCUCGAGCCGCCUCACCUUCACCCUCUUCCCCGGGAGCCGCAAGCCGUAUAUGCUGUCGAAACUCUCGCCGGCGGACGCGGCGAACCCUCGCGAUUUGGGCCACAAGGCGUUUAUUGUGGUGGGCGGCCAGGUGCAGUUCCAUGGCAUGCCGGGCGGCAGCGACACGCCCUCGUGGGUGCGCCUUAGUGAGACGGCCAAUGCCGGCCAGCGCUUCGUUCUCGUGGACGGUGACGUCAGCAACUGGAGGGCAGGGAUGACGGUGGCUCUGGCCUCCACCAGUAACGACCUGAACGAGGCGGAGCACCAUUUGAUCGCCUCAGUUGCCGCUGACAUCAGCAGUCCUGGCGUUUUCCGCAUCAACCUGCAGACCCCCCUGAAGCACACCCACCAGGGGGAGGCGUUACCUGACGGGGGCACGGGCACCGUAGGAAUCUUCGGGGAAGUUGCGCUGCUGGACCGCCACGUCAGCAUCCAGGGGACGAAUGAGGAGGCGCCACAUCAGCUCGACGGGGGCCACUUCAUCAUCUACAUGACCCCGACAAAACAGACCCUGGAGGGUGUGCAGUUUAAAGGCCUCGGAAAUCAGGGGACACUGGGGAAAUACCCCGUGCACUUCCAUAUCUGCGGGCAGAACGGGCAGGACCACGUGGUUCGGAAAAACGCCAUCGUAUUCACCAGACAGCGGUGCAUGGUGAUCCAUGCGACGGGCAGCAUGACGAUUGAGGACAAUGUAGCUUACGAAACGAAAGGCCACUGCUACCUGCUGGAGGAGGGGAGUGAGCUCAACAACAAUUUCAAGCGCAACCUUGGAAUCAACGCCAGAAAAGGAUACGAAUAUGAUUUUGAGCAGUCUAGCCACUCUCCGCUUGCCCCGCCUUCCUCUUCCCCCACCCCUCCUCUUUAUUACGCUCUCUCUCCACUAGCAGCAGCAAGCUCGACAAGCAAACGGACCGACAGAGAAAGGGGCCGACAGCCUCUUGGAAAAAGUAAUCCCCCUGCCAGCAGCAGCAAGCUGGACAAGCAGACGGACAAACAGCCCACCACGUUCUGGCUGGGCACUCCCCACAGCAACUUCAUUGAUAACGUGGCUGCUGGCUCGGAGGAUUCAGGAUUUUGGCUAGAGGCCACCCCAUACAUGAGGGGUGUAUCCCGCCUGCUGCCUGAAAUCGGAGCCAUCAACCCCCUCACCUACACCUGGGGGGAAUACACGGGGAACGUCGCCCACAGCAACGUGUUUGGGUUUCGCACGUACCCGCACGGCUCGUACGCUCGCUACCCGGUUUAUAGUGAAGAGCCGGCUCCCUUGAAAGACUUUUUGGUCUACCGCAACAGAGUGGGAAUGUUUUUCUUCAACAGCGAGCGCAUCGUGGUCGAGAAUGGAAUCUUCCUGGAAAACGCCGUUGGCAUUGACCUGAGCCGCAACGUCAAGCUCUCAGCCUCCGGCUGCAAGUUCAUCGCACAAGCCGCCGCUGCUGCCGGUGCUGCUGGUGCUGCUUCUGCUGCUGCUACUGCUGCUUCUGCUUCUGCCGCUGCUUCUGCUUCUGCGGCUGCUUCUGCUGCUGCCGUUCAGUACAUGGGAACCAGCAGCUCCAGCAAUGGUAUCAGAACUCUCGGCAGCAGCAGCAGCGCUGCUUCCGGAGCGGAUUUUGAAGGGGACUUGGCUUUGCUGAAAGGCCCCACCACCCUCACCCAACCCGACAGCCUCUCCCUUGCUCUCGGCCCACUAGACGAGGUCUAUGGUGCUGGAGUGGAUUUCACCCGGCCAGAGGAGGAGCUAUUUAAAGAGCUCAAGAGCAAGCCGGGCGCACUGGCUCGAGUGAAGCAGCAGCAGAGGGCGGGACCAAUGCAGCGGGUGAUUGGGGACGGCAAGACGGGCAGCUUUGAGUCGCCUGUGGGGAUUGUUGUCAGCCAGUGCAACCCCUCGGACCCCCCUGGACCCAACUCCAUCCAGGACACCUUCUUCUCAGGCUACGGGGCCACGGACGACGCCAGCUUUGCUGUGCUGCUCACAGCCAACCAUGCGGGCGGAUAUUGGAACAGUGCUUUCUUUGUCAAGGGCCUAACCUUUGGUUCUGGAACCAAUAAGUUCUGGGCCACUCCCAACCCUCCCGCCGGCACCCCUCCCAGGGGGGGUCUGGUGGCGCGCUUCUACGCCAUCCGGGAUCUCGACGGAUCUCUCAUCGGCCAAUCAGGCUACGCCGUUGCCAACUACGAUCCGAUCCUGCCGCCCGCCGCCGUCCGGGCGGCAAAGUGCUCGUUGGACAGUGCGCAGAACGUGUAUGCGUGCACGGAUGUGUGCUACCGAGCGGUGGGGAUCGGGUACCAGGAGUGGGGCGUGCGACCCAAUGGCAUGGCUGGGCUGCCAGCUUACGUGCUCCGACCGUACAGUUAUGUGGUGGUGACGAGGGUAGACGAUGGCGCGCAGUUCACGGACUACGGCACGGAUAACGACAACCCUAACAACGGCCCGGCUCUACCAACCAAGAGAGUCCGUCGCUACCUCACUGCCUCGCUGCUCGCGGGAUACACCUACCGCCUGCGCAUCGUGCCCGCGCCCACCAACCCGCUGUUCUACCCCGAGGGGGUGUUUGUGCGAUCGUACGACCAGGAGGGGUGUGCGGGGACAGUCACUAUCGUGCUUGAGCCCAAGGACGCGAGCACCCAAUGGGUCACGAGCAUCCCCACCUUACCCUGCUCCAAUCAGAACAGCAGCCUGGCCUACCAGCAGUACCAAUGCAUCAACAGGGAGGCCAAGCUAGCGAUUCACAUAGGGGAGAACAGCCAUGGCAAUCAUGCCAUUGUCAAUGCCACCACUGUUGCCAGCCAGGCGUGCACAGAAGACACGUGA